AUGAGACCAAGUUCCCAUGAGCAGCUCACAGAAAGUGGAAGAAGUGGCGGUGUGGCAGAGGUUCCGGGGCGCUGCGUGAGUGGCUGGGUACAGAGCCAGCCAGGGCAGAGGCACAGCCAGGACCCAGCUUCUGCCCCGGUUCAUCUUCCUGACCUCAUCCCCAAGUUCAGCCCCCUCCACGUGCCUCAAUUCUUGGCCUUGGAGCCGGCCUCCAGGGUUAGUGUUUCGUGGGUGCAGCGUUUCAGAGCUGGAGAAGAUGAACAGGCUCUGGAGAUUGUAGUGCUGAUGGCUGUACAACAUGCGAUCUCCCGGAUCCAGGGCUUGAACCCGAGCCUCCUGUGUCUCCUGCACUGCCAGCAGACGCUUUCCCAGCGAGCCAGCGGGGGAGCCCAAGGGAAAAUGAACGACCCUGGGACCCGCUGUAGCACCGAGGCUUUGUCAGGGGGCCCCGGGACGGGGCUGCAGGUGGGGGAGGCCCACACGACAUGUGGGCAAGGCUCAGAAGGGGAAGACGACGAGGGACCCCCGGGAAGAAGAGGGCCUCGGUGUCUGGGUGAUGGCACCCAGCUGCACAGGUCAGUACCUUCCCCGGAGGGCUCAUCACCACCCAGUCAACACAGCCUCAAGAAGCAAACACGGUCAGCUUUCCUAGCCCCACUCCUGGCGCCAGAGAAAGAGGCAGGCUGGCCGCCGGAACAGGGCGCUCGGGAUAUUUCUGAAGAGCGGAAGGGACCACCGGAAGGGACCACCGGAAGACGCCCUACACGUGGGCGGGUCUGCUUCCGGGGCAGGGACAGCAGGUCCCACCGCGACCCGCACAGCCGGAGAGUGCGGAGUCCGCCAUGA